AUGAGUCAAAGCACGACAAAGGUCGAGGGGCUCCCGGAGUUCUCUCGCCAUAUCACUACGCACAACGCCGACGGCGUGGCGAUCUUUCAGACUCCGGACCCUGACAAUCUGUCAGCGGCAGCAACGUCGUGUCCCGCUCCGCCCAUCUCGACCUUCCCAACAUGGACCAACUCUCCCACGUCGGCAUUUGGCCUGGCAUACGCAACGCCGACGAUUCCCGCCGACUUGGACGCCAACGCCGACCUCGACACGUAUUAUCAAUACCUGCAUAACCACCCCGGGAUCACGAUCCAAGGUGGGUCGGUCUUGCGUGUGGUCGACAUGGCGCCGGGCGCAGUGUCACCGAUGCAUCGCACGCUGUCGUUAGACUACGGGGUGGUGCUGGAGGGUGAGGUCGAGUUGGAGCUGGAUUCGGGCGAGACGAGACGGCUGCCACGGGGAGACAUCUUUGUGCAGCGUGGGACGAGGCAUCAAUGGAGGAACCCGAGCGAAUCUGAACCUGUGAGGCUGUUGCUAGUACACCUCGAUAGCAAGGCGGCGGGCGAGGGGGAGGGGAAGGGAACUUGA